AGCUUGUGCUGAUUUGGGUGUCAGUCUACAUAAUUCUUCAAGUGGGUUUGAUCUUCCCAUGAAAGUGGUUGAUAUGUUUGGAUGCUGUUUACCUGUAUGUGCUUUUGAAUUUCAGUGCCUUCAUGAGCUAGUCAAAGAUGGUGUAUUUGGUAAAAUAUUUUCUAACAGUCGGCAGUUGAGUCUUCAGUUUCAGAAUUUUUUACAUGACUUCCCUACAAAAAAGACUGAUUUAGAUAAAUUCAGAGAAAAUCUAACAAAAUAUGGAAGGUUAGAAUGGGAUGAAAAUUGGAACUUUGUAGUUUAUCCUUUACUUACAAAAAAGUGCAGUUACCACAGUAAUUAAUGUGACAGCUGAAAAAAUUAUUUAUUCAUUAAA